CUCAAAUGUCAAGCCCUGGCAAUGACAGCCGCAUUUUGGAUUCAAAUGGCUCUAGCCAACAAAGUAAUGGUAAUGCAGUAACCGAAAGACAGUCAAGUGUUAGACAAGAAGCACGACCAGAUCUUGUAGAGAUUGAAGAUAGUUUUGAAUCAUUAAAAUCAUCAGAGCAACAGGCACUUGAGGCACUUGAAAAGAUUGCAGAAACAAAUCAAGUCAUGACACCUUGGUCAGAAUUGAGGAUAAUCUUGAAUCGUAUUGUAUCAAAGCAAUCACGCAUUAUGGAUCCUAAACUACAAGAUAGCAAUGUACGAAAUCAAGCUGAUCGCAUCACAGCAGAUAUUUCAGAAAUAUUACAAAAGCUAGAAGAUUGCCCAUUUACCAUUCAGCGUGUUUGUGAAUUGGUUGUGAACCCAACCCAGCAUUAUAAAACAUAUCUUAAAUACCUUCGUGCUCUCCAAAAGACAUUGGGAGUGAGGUCUAGUUGGCAGGAGUUUGUAGAUAGACGUAGAAAUGCAGCUAGAGAAAGAACUGAGGAUGACUCGGAAGGAUUUUAUGGUACUGUCUCCAUGGCAUCUACAGUUCCCUUGAGUGAUAAUGAAGAAACAAAUGAAGAAGCAAAUGAAGAGACGAAUGAUGUGGCCGAACAGGAUAUGGAUCGACCAAAGAUGAAUGGUAUAGAAGGACCGUGCGAUGAAGUAGAACAAAAUAAUGAACAAGAGGAUAAUACAAUAGAGGCAACAGAAAGUAGAGAAGACGACAGAGAAGACAACAAAGAAGAUAACACAGAAGAUAACACAGAUUAAGCAUUAUUUAUAAAAAUGGCCACUAGACACAACCAUGUAUAAAAUGCUCAUAAAUAUAAAUUA